AUGCCUUUUGGACAAUUGGAUGAAUUACUUACACAGAGGGGGAUUCCUGCUAAAUUUGCAAGAGAUUAUGGGAUUUUUCUAUCAAACCCAGUGUUCAUUAAGGUCCCAAGUGGAAAAAUCUGGGAAUUAGAAUUGGUAAAAUGUGGUGGCAAAAUGUGGUUUCGAAAUGGUUGGCUAAACUUUGCAAAGCACUACUCGGUGGAGACUGGACAUUUUUUGGUUUUCAGAUAUGAAGGGGGUUGCCAUUUCCAUGUCAUCAUAUUGGAUCGAACCGCAACGGAGAUCAAAUAUCCAGACGUUGACCAAGAAGUGAAGGUUGAAGAGUCCGACGAUGACGAUGAGCUUGUAAACAUCGCAAAUGGAAUCUCUAAUGGCUCGAGAGACAAGCCGGGGCUGCAAUGUCCUCGGCCUCAUAAGAUGUGA